AUGCCCAUCAUGAAGAUCUCACCACUGGUCCGGCGUCGAGAGCAGCAUCAGCGGAAUAUCCAUCGAUUGAUGCAUGAAGGCCGAGAGGUGGAGGUGAUGCGUCGAAGGGGAAUUGCGACUGUGAUGGAUACCAGUGAGGAAGGGGACGAGGAUGAGGAAGAAGGGAUGGCGGGCGUUGUUUUCACGGGUGCCUCGAUUCAGCAACAGCAGCAGACCCAGUCUGCGCUCGAAGAACAUGCUCAGUUGCAGGCCAAGCAGGAGUUUGCAUUGCUCGUCGCGGAAAGCUCAAAAGCCUAUCAAGAGAUUCUCCAGCAACAGCAACAACAACGUGCUCUAGCGGCCGCUGUAGUUGCAGAGGAGCAGCGCCGUAGGAAUUCGUGGCCCAAGCAGCAGCAAUUGCAAACGACAGGAGGAGGUGGUGGUGGUGGAGGGAUUUCUUACGUAAAUCAACCCUUGACUUUUCAACAGCAGGCGUACCUUCAGCAACAGCAACAACAGCAACAGAGAUUGAUCCAAUUGAAACACGAACAACAAUACCAACAACAUCAUCAUCGCCAACUCGAGUUCGAGGAAGAGAAGCAGCUCCUCCUGAAGCAGCAAGAACAACUCCAGCAGCAGAUACAGCAACAGAAGAUCUACAGGCAACGAAUGUAUGCCACGAGCAGCCCCUCUCUCAACGUACAGACGAGGUUCUCUCCCCCACAGCAGCAGCAAGUGCUGCACGUCCAAGUGAUGCAGACCCCUCAGGAACGUGGCGCCAAUGCGAUCAGCAUGGUGAAGACCAUGAACCAAAACAACACGGCCACCACUGCUUCUAACUGGAAUUACACAGCCCAUCAUGCUGCCGGCAUUGGACGUCUCUCUCUGUACUAG